CUCUGAUGUGGCCUCCCUGGCCUUUUCCACUGGCCUGUGAGUGAGGAGAAAGUGAGAGAGGAGCGUAGGAGCGAGACACAGACACAGACAGAGAGAGACACACAGAGAGAAAGAAAGAAAGAAAGGGAGGAAGGAAGAGGAGAGAGAGAGAGGGGGAGAGAGAGAGAGAGAGAGACAGAGAGAGAGGGGCAGGCAGGCAGAGAGGGGCAGGCAGGCAGGCAGGACGAGACUGAGCUAGACUGGUUUGCGAUGUAAGGAGCAGCCGGGGACAGGCUGACCACAGAGCAGAUCUCCCUUGCCUGCCUGCCUGUCUGCCUGCCUGCCUGCCUGCCUGCCUCGCCUGCCUGGCUCGCCUGGCUGCCUCGCCCCCCUGCACCCCCACAACACUCAGCUGCCUGGCCGCCUGGCUGGUGACUGCGGCCCUGGUGGUGUUGCUGGCUGCUGAGACGGCACCACUUUAAAUGGAGGACUAUGUCACGAUCAAGAGGAAGCUUCUCCACAGACCCAUCUUCAGACUGAGAUGCCUGGUGAAGCAGUUGGAUAAGGGGGAGGUGAAUGUGCUGGACUUGAGGAAGAAUAUCGAGUAUGCCGCCUCAGUGCUGGAGGCCGUCUACAUCGACGAGACGCGGCGCCUCCUGGACACGGAGGACGAGCUGAGUGAUAUCCAGGCGGACUCAGUGCCGUUGGAGGUGCGUGAUUGGCUGGCGUCCACCUUCACCAGGAAGAUGGGCGUGGUGCGGCGGCGCCCCGAGGAGAAGCCGCGGUUCCGCAGCAUCGUCCACGCCGUGCAGGCCGGAAUCUUCGUGGAGAGAAUGUACAGAAGGACGUCCAACAUGGCCGGCCUGACCUACCCAUCUGCUGUGAUCGCAACACUAAAGAAUGUUGACAAGUGGACGUUUGACGUCUUCGCCCUCCAUGAGGCCAGCAGUGAGCAUGCUCUGAAGUUCAUGGUCUACGAGCUACUCACCAGAUACGACCUUAUCAACCGCUUCAGGAUCCCGGUGUCGUCCCUGGUGGCGUUCGUGGAGGCCCUGGAGGUGGGCUACAGCAAGCACCGCAACCCCUACCACAACCUCAUCCACGCAGCCGACGUCACGCAGACCGCACACUACCUGAUGCUGCACACCGGCGUCAUGCACUGGUUGACGGAACUGGAAAUCUUGGCCAUGGUCUUCGCAGCAGCCAUCCAUGACUUCGAACACACAGGGACCACCAACAACUUCCACAUCCAAACCAGGUCAGAGGUGGCCAUCCUGUACAACGACCGUUCUGUGCUGGAGAAUCAUCACGUGAGCGCAGCCUACCGGCUUAUGCAAGAGGACGAGAUGAACAUCCUGGUCAACCUGACCAAGGACGACUGGAGAGAGCUGCGCAGCCUGGUGGUUGAGAUGGUCAUGAGUACGGACAUGUCCUGCCACUUCCAGCAGAUCAAGACCAUGAGGAGCGCCCUGCAACAGCCAGAGGGGAUAGACAAGCCCAAGGCGCUGUCCCUGAUGCUGCACGCGGCCGACAUCAGCCACCCGGCCAAGGGCUGGAGGCUCCACUACCGCUGGACUCAGGCCCUCAUGGAGGAGUUCUUCAGGCAGGGGGACAAGGAGUUUGAGCUGGGACUGCCCUUCUCUCCCCUGUGUGAUCGCAAAGCCACGAUGAUCGCGCAGUCACAGAUAGGGUUUAUUGACUUCAUCGUGGAACCAACAUUCUCUGUGCUGGUUGACACCACAGAGAAGAUUAUUUCUCCUCUCAUAGAGGAAGCACUACGCGCAGCGGACAUGGGUGUCCCAAGGUCCAGUAUGAGUGGCAGGGGGUCUACGACGGUGGUGGAGUCGGUGCAGAGGCACAGUGGGCGGGCGCUGAACUCGGAGGAGGGCGGCCCGGGCCCCGUGGACUACUCGCUGGCCAGCAUCGACCUGAAGAAGGUGCGCCACGCCCUGGCAGACGUCAUUCAGAACAACAAGGACCGCUGGAAGGAGCUGUCUGUGCAAGAGCUGGCCCGUAAGGAGCUGGAGCGUGAGCGUGAGAUGUCCCUGGACUCCGAGGAGAUGCUGACGGACCCUGACCCUGAGCCAGAGCCCCAUAACGUCGUCUCCCACUCCCACGGCGCCCAACCAUCACUAGCCACCAGCCCCGUCAACAACACACACUGCACCCACCACCACGACCACGACUGCUCCUCUUCCCAGGACUGCCUGCCGUCGUCUACAGAGCCUGCGCAUGUGCAUGCAUCUGCACCUGCCGGGUUACCGGGGUCGCCGCAGCCGCCUGCAUCACCCGAGAGGCAGUCCACAGAACAGGCUCAUGCAUCAGAACCUCUCCCUUGGAACGGAGAAGGCCACCGGCCGGUCAUCGAGGAAGACGACCCCAGUCCCUGAUGAUGUCACCAGCGGCCCACCACCACUCUUCCCUUGGCAGCACUCUCACUUCAGUUUGGAUUUUCAGUUGGUUAUUAUAAUUAUUAUAUUAAUUAUUAAUAUUAUUGUUUUAUGAUGACAUUAUUAUUAUUAUUAUUAUUUUAAUUAUUCUAUUUUUUGUAAAUGUUUUUAUUAUUUCAUGCUCAGUCGGUUGUAUUGUUAUUUAUUAAAGAUUGUACCGCUCUCCCUUUGCUCGGGGGCCUGACUCACUUAUUUCACUGAGAUCUCAUACAGUUAGAUGCAAUACAGAAAAACAAAACAUCUUUGUGUGUGUCCAAAAUACAGUAUUGUGCCCAAGUCGGUCUAAAUUUUGCUUAGAAUACUGGCCAUCAUAGAUUCUAAAGUGGAGCUUGAAAUCCAAUAGCAUACAAGUUUGUUUUCACAUGCAUGGCAUACAGGUUACCUUCAAAUAUUCACGUCAUUGACAUUCAUCCUUUUCAUUGUUUGAAGGUGCACUGUGUAAGAUGGUGGCCAGAGUAGGUAUU